UUUGUUUUGCUUCUGCCUCUCAGUUCGUUUUAAACGCGCAAUCGAGACGGACGUCAGUUUUUUCGUGUCGCUUUUUGUCGCCGUCGCUCGGAGUCGGAGCCUCAGUCACCGAACAGAUUUAAAUGAGUUUCAACUGAAAAAUAACAAACAAAAAAAAAUUGUAUUUCAAUAUUAUUUGCUUAGUUAAUUGCAAUUGCAGUGGGUAAACAAAAACUAAAAGAAGUCAUUAAAAGGAAAGAAAGAAAAGAGAGAAAACGGACGCAGCUUCCUUCAGUUUUCCCUAUCUGUAUGUGUUAAUGUGCGAGUGUGUGUGUUUUUGUUUGUUGUUAUUGUGUUUGUAGCCGUUGUUUUGUAUUAGGCAAGCAGCAAAACGUGAAAUGCAAAUGACAGCAAUAAUAAUAACAACAGUAACAACAUCGACAACAACGGCAACAAAACGGUUUCGCGUGUGUGCUUGAAACAACGAGACAAACGAAAAUUGCGCGCCAAAAAACGUAUGCGAAACAAAAGGAUUUAUAAAACACACAAACGAAGCGGAAAAAAAACAAGAAAAUACCAAUACAAACACAAGCAGCUGAGAGCAGUUGAUAUAAUAAAAACAACAACAGCAACUUCGGUGGCAGCAUCAGCAACAACAACAACGAAAUCAAAACAGACGACGAAGACGCACCAAACUAAAUUCCAGUUUCAUCUCGCACCGCCUUAUUCACCACAGCACAAAAAGGACGCCCAGAAGGCGACGACACCUGAAGCAUUUGUCUAAGUGAUACAACGCGAGCACAGAGCUUGACAGAGAUCGACACAGCGGGAACGAUGAUGUCCAUGUCGAGUUCACCACCAGCCACGCCCACAGGCGUUCAGACCGAUGCCGAGGGUCUCAUAUUGCCAAAGAAAUUGAUUAAUCCCUGCAUGGAGAAUAUUGAUCGCAAAGAACUCCAUCGCGAGCUCAAGUUCAACGCGAGAAUUGGAAAAAGUGUGCUGAAUCAGAAGACGGAGCUGCAGCGGGCGUAUGAGAAGCAGAAGGAGCGUCAUGCGGCAGCUGCGGCCGAGCAACAUUCACCGGAAGCGGAACUCGUUGGUGGCAUACCAGGUCUGAAGGGGGAACUGGGGCGUGUCAUCAUGGAACGGGCCCAGAAGCACGAGGCGGCGGCACAACGACAGGAUGCGGAGGAUGCCGAGGAUCGUCAAUAUGUGAAUCCCGAGUAUCUGAAUGUGCGCGCCAAGCUGCGAACGGCGCAUGCGCCCAAUUAAUCUAAACAAAACUUAAAAUUAUAAUUUAAUUUUAGUUGUGAACUAACCAAAAUUCUGUUUAAUUAUUUAACUAUAUUAUAUAUAUGUUUUUCUACGUGUUACAAUCCCCGACUAACCUUCUAUAUUUGCUUAUGAUUAACUUUGAUAUUAAUUCUUAACUCUUAAGCCAUUAUCAUUUAUGUGUAUGACGAUACAUUAAUAUAAUUUACGAUUUACGAUUAUAAUUUUAAUUAUUAUGAUUAACUUGUGCGUGUAAAAAUUGUAUAAAGUUUUAGUUUCUUAAAGCAUUUCUUCUUCCGAAACAAACCGAAUUGGCUGAAUGAGAUAUAUAUAUAUAUACGUUUAGGUAUAGUCAUAGAUUGCGAUAUUGAUGUGUGAGAACAGGGCAGUUGUAGCUUUUAGUAUAUAAGCCUGAGCGAAUAUGUUUCGAUUAAGCCAGAUUGAUAAUACCUAAUAUAUAUGUAUAGUAUAUGUAUAUGAUGAUUAUCGCAUGCAACUAUUUUAUGUCAAGCGGUUGCGAUAAUUCGAAAUUGAUUAAAGUUGCAAAUGCAAAAACCAAUUAAAACAAAUUACAAAACACUA